ACUUGCCCCAAACUUCUCUUAUAUAUAUACAUAUGUCUUCACCCACAUGAUCUUCAAACAAAUCUAAACUCAUAUUUCAUUACCUCUCUUUUCUAUACUCAACUUAAACCCUUUCUUUUUAUCAAAAAUAUGGACGCAACUUCUUUAGAUGAGAGUACAACAACUGAUUCCACAUCCAUUUCUCCACCAACUUUCACUCCUUUUCCACCUACAAAGUCACCACCUGAGAGCCUUUGCCGAGUUGGGAGUGGCACCAGUGUUAUUUUCGACUCUGAAAGUGGCAUCGAGGCCGAGUCGAGAAAGCUUCCGUCGUCUAAAUACAAAGGAGUCGUGCCCCAACCAAAUGGCCGAUGGGGUGCUCAGAUAUACGAGAAGCAUCAGCGAGUCUGGCUUGGGACCUUUAAUGAAGAAGAAGAGGCUGCAAAAGCCUAUGAUAUUGCUGCGCAGCGUUUCCGUGGGCGUGAUGCAGUUACCAACUUCAAACAAUUGGCGGAAGCCGAAGAGAAUGACAUCGAAAUUGCGUUCUUGGACUCUCAUUCGAAGGCGGAGAUCGUUGACAUGCUCAGAAAACAUACGUACAAUGAUGAACUUGAGCAAAGUAAGAGAAAUUACGGUCUUGAUGUCAACGGGAAGAGAAUAAAAGUUGAGGGUGGUGUUAAUUCGUUCGGUUCGGACCGGGUCUUGAAAGCGCGUGAACAGCUUUUUGAAAAAGCAGUUACGCCAAGCGAUGUUGGGAAGCUGAACCGGUUGGUCAUACCAAAACAACACGCGGAAAAGCACUUCCCUUUACAAAGCGGAAGCACUUCCAAAGGAGUGCUUUUGAAUUUCGAAGACGUUACGGGGAAAGUUUGGAGAUUUAGGUAUUCUUAUUGGAAUAGUAGCCAAAGUUACGUGCUGACAAAAGGGUGGAGCCGGUUUGUGAAGGAGAAAAAUUUAAAAGCCGGUGACGUUGUGAGUUUCCAGAGAUCAACCGGACCGGAUAAGCAACUGUACAUAGACUGGAAAGCAAGAACCGGAGCGAGUGUGGAGAAGGCGGUUGAACCGGUUCAGAUGAUGAGGCUAUUUGGAGUAAACAUAUUCAAAAUACCUGGGAAUGGUGUUGAUAAGAUGAAUAGUGGGUGUAAUGGGAAGAGAAUGAGGGAAAUGGAGCUGUUGUCAAUAGAGUGUAUUAAGAAACAAAGGAUGAUUGGAGCUGUGUAACGUUUUGUUUUGUUUUGUUUUUAAACUACUUGUAUUUUUCCUUGGAAUUUUGUGAAUUUUAAGAAGG